GAUUGAUCAGGAUGAGACACUAUUUAAGGCUGGGGUUAACACUGAAUUGUUCAUAUUCAACUGCAUAGACUGCCUGUCUGAGAAUGGAGGUGACAAUGUUUCUCCCACUGUUGCUGCUGAUCUGCUCUGGUUCCACUGUUCAGCUUCAAACAGAGUCCGACAAUGACAUUAUUCUACAGGAGAGGCAAACUGAAUCCCAGGGAAGAGAACCAGCAAAUGCCUCUGACCACCAGCAGACCUGUGACAUCCAUGCUGUGCUGAGAGAGAUGAGCGCCCUGUUGGCUGAGCAGAGGGUGGAGAUAAGACACUUACAGAGAGAGAAUGAAGCACAAGCAUCUAAGCUGAGAGAACUGGAGUUGCAAAAGACUCAGCUGGACAACCUGAAUCAACAGGUCCAAGCACAGGCAGGAGAUCUGACCACCAUUAAAGCCAGGACAAAUGUGACAGAAAACCAGGUGCAGGCUCUGAGGAGAGAAGCAGCAGUCAAACAGGUGGCUUUCUCAGCCUCUUUGUUGGCUUCAGGCUCAGGAACUGUCGGACCAUUUAACACACACACUCCUCUGGUAUUCAGACACGUUGUUACAAACAUUGGAAAUGCCUACAGCCCAAACACAGGUUUUUUCAUUGCACCAGUGAGAGGAGCCUACCACUUUGAGUUCUACAUAGGUGCACAUGGACAUGCUUCACAUGCUUCAGGUGCUGUGUUGGUCAAGAAUGGACAACAUAUUUUUAUUGCAUAUGAGCAUCAGCCAUCCCAUUAUGGAAGUUCUGCUAAUGGUGUCACACUGUUGUUAGAGGUCGGAGAUGUUGUGUUUUUGCGUCUGUGGGCUAACACGAGGAUGUUUGACAAUGAAAAUCACCAUAGCACCUUCAGUGGUCAUCUGCUUUUCACCAUGUGAGAAGGAAACACUCCUUUUUCUUCAAUUGUAUGAUACCUGUAUACACACAGCAGCACUGUAUACUUGCUGAUAAAAAUAUCUUUUCUAUUCCCUCUAUAUGAAGCUGGUUGACAAUGUUGCACAACAACAACAGAGAUCGUUUUUGAAGGAGAAAAGGUUCUUGAAUUUUUCAUUUUAUUUAAUCAGCUGUGAUAUAAUACAUGUGCCAUUUUUAGUAACAUUAGAUCAGAGAACUGCAGUAAACCCUGAAAAAAUUGUGGAAAUGUUUAAAAACCCUGUGAUCCCUCUCAAAAUAUUAACACUAAAAUGAAAUCCUGUUUCUUCACCUGGAUCCAGAUCAGUACUAGAAAACACUGACUUGCUCCUUGGACCACAGUCACCACCCAAACCAUCUCACCUUUACUGUCUGGUUCUUCACACUGUUUUUUUGCUUUGUUCAGUAGAAACUUGAAUGUGCUGUUGAUGUGAGAGGGAACAUUCACUUUAUUCCAUCAAAUACAUGAUACAGUAGCUGUACUCUAAGUGUACUGACAUGCAGGAGCACUGUAUCAGUGCCUGCAAAUUAAAGUCUCAUUUACAGUGUUUGUCCUGUAUGUGAAGGCUGGAUGAUAGAGCUUUGCUGCAACAAUAAUUUGUACAUAUAAAGUAGAUUCUAUAAUAUUGUGUUGUCUUACAUUUGAAUAAAGGCAUAAACACAU